CAGGCCGUAUACGAGAGUCCCGCGCCAGGCCACCACCAGCAGCACGAUAACUCCGGUUCCUGAGAAGUCGACGGCCCCGGAGAGCCAUUACCUCCCGGCCUCCCACCAUGUUCAAGGUUUCCAGCAGACUGCGGCCUCAUGUGACCUCCAGGGUGGUGCGUGGUGGGGGUGUCGGGCGGCGGUCCCAGACAUCUCAGGCUGGGGGCGGGGGUGGCAGCCUGGUGGGUAAGGGCCUGGUGGUGGUGGCCGGAGGCACCACCUUCCUGGCCGGCCUGGUGGGCUAUGCAUCCUGGAGUGACAGUAACAGGAAGGGUGUGGAGAAGUCCAUCCCCGGGUCCAGCUACAUCCUCUCGGCCGUGCUGGGACCCCUGGUGGAGGUGCCCCCCACUCCCCCAGCCCCCCCAAAAGUGGACCAAGGCCUCUUGAAGAAGAAGCUUGACAGGGAGAAAAAGAAGAAGGGCAAGGAGGCAGAGGAGGGCAUGCCGGCACCUCCCCUGGAGGCGCCAAAGGAGGGUGAGUUCCAGAAUGGUGACGCAGCGCUGGAGGCACCCCCCACACAGGACAGCGGAGAGCAGGAGGAGCAGCAGCAGGAGGGGGACACUGGGGCAGCACCUGAGCUCAGUAUAGAGGCACCACCAGCAGCACCGGAGCCUGAGCAGCCAACCCUGACCUCAGCACCUGCAGCGGCUGAGGAUGCUGAGAAGCCAGCCAUAUCCGCCCUGGAGGAGCGGCUGGCGUCCUCGGAGGUGACCCAGGACGUGGAGAGUGCGGCGCUGACCCAGGCACUGCAGGAGCUGGCCCAACUGGCACAGAAGGAGAUCACGGGAGCCCUGAGUGCGGCGGAGGAUGCGGCGCGGGUGGUGCAGCGCCAUGCCCAGAGCGCCUACCAGGCCAUCGACGGCGUGCACGACAAGGAGCAGUUUGAGGCCGUGGCGGAGCUGGCCAAGGAGCGGAACCAGAUGGUGGAGGACGCCAACCAAAAGAUCGCUGCCGCCAGUGAGGCGGUGGACAAGUUCAAGGAGCAGAUCAGUGCGGGUCACUCCUCCAGCCUGACCAAGGAGCACCCGGCCCUCAUCGCUUCGGAGGAGGCGCUGGUGGAGAUGAAGUACGCACUUGAGAGGACCAAGGGCGUCAUCCUGGAGGCGGAGCGGGACAGCAAGGUCGUCAGCAGCUACAAGGACUUGGUACAGGCGGGGAGGGAGCAGUUCGAGGCUGAGGUGCGUUCGCUGCUGCCGGAGGUGAAGCUUGGCGAGACGAGCGACAAACUGACCACGGACGAACUGAACCUCCUCCUGGCACACGCCCACCGCAAAGUGCUGCACCUUCAGACCCAGCUAGCACGCCUGCAGACCAUGGAGCACGACAGGUUCAAGGAGGCAUUGGUGAGGCAGCGGGCAGAGGACGGACAGUUGCUGGAGUCCAAGGUGGAGGCUGAGCUGGAGAGGCAGAGGCAGCAGCUGGAGGUGGAAUACAAGAAGCGAUCGAUGGAUAUGAAGGAGGAGCUGGAGGGGGAGCUGAGGGGCCAACUGAAGAGGCAGGCGGCUGCUCACUCCGACCACCUGGCUGAUGUUCUCUAUGUGCAGGAGAAGGAAUUAGAGAACAAGUGGUCGAGUAUCCUACAGGACAAGGUGCAGAGCGAAAAGGACACUUACCUGUCUUCCCUGGCCAGAAUCAAGGGCCAGCUGGAUGGACUCAAGAGUGCCCUGGGCCAGCGUGCCGACGUGGACAAGGCCGCUCUGUCUGCCCGGGAGAUGUGGCUGGCGUGCGAGUCCCUCAGAAAUGCCCUCAGAAAUUCCGGUGAGGGCGCACCGUCCUGGGAGGAGCAGCUCAAGCCCCUGCAAGACCAGAUCGCCGCCAUCAAGAAGGCUGCCGGCGAAGGCAACCCGUAUGUGGAGGCCAUACUGAAGUCGCUGUCGGAGGAGGCGGAGCAGCGUGGGGUGUACCCUGAGGAGGCCCUGAGGGAGAGGUUCAUCAAGGUGGAGCGAGUGUGUAAGCGAGUCUCCAUGAUCGGCGACAAUGGUGGAUCACUAAUCAAAUACCUUCUGUCCUACAUUCAGAGCUUCCUGGUGCUGGAGUCCUUCGAGUACAUGCCCGGCAAUGAGGUGAGGAAUGAGGAGGUGCCUGUGGACGCCCUCACCACCUACGACAUCCUUGCCCGCGCCAGGUACUGUCUGGAGAAGGAUGACCUGUGCAUGAGUGUGCGGUACAUGAACCUGCUGAGGGGGGAGCCGCGUAAUGUGGCCGCCAGUUGGUUGAAGGAGGCGCGACUCACUCUAGAGACACGCCAGGCAGCAUACGCCCUCCUGGCCCACGCCGCCGCCACUGCUGUCCAGGCCCUUUGAGCACCCCAUGGUCAGCGCUAAGGGGACCCGCAGCACCCCAGAGGCUUGUUUUGAGCACCCAGAGGAGUAUUUCCAGCAUCCCUGGGCUCCACAGUGUCCUAAAUAGUUACAUAAAUCGUCUCUUCCCUUCUCUUUACCUGAUUUCCCUUCCCCUCUUUCCUUUUCUUCACUUUCCUUCCCUUCCUCUCUUCCCUUCUCUUCCUUUGUUCCUUCCCUUCCUCUCUUCCCUUCUCUUUUCCUUCCUUCCUUUCCUCUCAUCCCUUUCCUUUCUUCCCUUUCCUUCACUUCCCUUCCUUAAACAUCAGUCCUCUCUUCCCUUCACUUCACCUUCUUCCCUUUCCUUAAACAUGAAUUGUCUCUUCCUUUCUCUUUACCCUCCUUCCCUUCCUCUCUUCCCUUCUCCUUUCCAUAAACGCCUCAAACAGCAGGACUUUCUUACCACCCCUGAACUCCUCUCUCAAUACACUCCACAAAAUCCCUUACUACCCCAGGACUUAGAGGACUUGUCAGGCCUUUCCCCCUUACAAACAGGACACUGGCAAAGUCCUCCUAUAUGCAAGCACUAUACCAAUCAUGCCUCAAACCUCCAAAACACUCAGGCCUUUGUGCUAAUGGUGGCGGACUGUGUCAAUGGGUGGGUGUUUCUGGAGUGCCCUAGUGUGGGGGUUUCAAUCUAAGGUUGAUGCUCCCGAGUCCUGGAUGGGGUUGGAAUGUGCUUUUGAACUGUUGACUCCUCUCUUUGUUCCUUCUACUGGUUCUGCAUUUUUUAUCAUUUUUCCUUUAUUCCUUUUCUUGUCUCUCUGUUGGACUUUACUUCUUCUUCUUCUUUUCCUUUUUUUCCUCUUUUUCUUCUUCCUCUUUUCAUUUAUUGUCCUGAUUUUUCUUCCUGGGGUUGGACAUUCUUCUCUUUUUUUUCUUCUUUUUCUUUUUCAUUUAAUUUAUUGUCCUUAUUUUCUUUAUGGGGUUACUUCUCCUCUUUUUUUUUUCCUUUUCUUCUUCCUCUUUUCAUUUAUUGUCCUUAUUUUUCUUUAUGGGGUUGGACAUCACUUCUUUUUUUCUUCCUUUUCUUCUUCUCCUUUUCAUUUGUUGUUCUUAUUUUUGUUUAUGGGGGUUGGAGUUCACUUUUUUUUCUUCUUUUUCUUCCUCUCUUCAUUUGCUAUCCUGAUUUUCCUUUAUGGGGUUGGACAUUACCUCUUCUUCUCUUUUUUUUCUUCUUUUUCUUCCUCUUCAUUUGUUGUCCUGAUUUUCCUUUAUGGGGUUGGACAUUACCUCUUCUCUUUUUUUUUCUUCUUUUUCUUCCUCUUUGUUUGUUGUCCUGAUUUUCCUUUAUGGGGUUGGACAUUACCUCUUCUUCUCUUCUUUUUCCUUCUUUUUCUUCCUCUUCAUUUGUUAACCUGAUUUUCCUUUAUGGGGUUGGACAUUACCUCUUCUUCUCUUUUUUUCUUCUUUUUCUUCCUCUCUUCAUUUUUUAUCCUGAUUUUCCUUUAUGGGGUUGGACAUUACCUCUUCUUCUCUUCUUUUUUCUUCUUUUUCUUCCUCUGCAUUUGCUGUCCUAUCCUUUAUGGGGGUUGGACGUCACUUCAUAUCGAUCUAUCCACACUUGACUUUGGACCAUGGAUCAAAGUCUCAAAUUACCUGUAUUUAUCAUCCUUCCUCAUCUUUAUUUUCCUUAUUUUUGUCACAUAUACUUUUGGAUAGAUCACAGAGAGGGGGAUGGACAUGAGGCAAAAGUCUAAAAUUGUCUGUUUCUUUUAUCUUUUCUUCUUCUUUUCCUCUUUAUCUUUGUCACAUCACAUUAUUGGAUAGGUCUUAGAGUGGGGUGGGAUGUGUUAAAUGCAUUAUCUAGGGGUUUUGAUCCUCUCUGAACAAGUAAGAACACUCGCACCUCUGCCCCUCACACCCCUCCCAGAGAACAUUGGCAAAAGUAUUCAGUUUUUAUUUAGAAAGCGACAUUACUUAAACCUGUAUUGGGAUGGGAUGGGAUUCUGUUCCUUGCAUUAAUAAGGUGUUGGGAUUCCGAAUUUAUGCUAACAAUACCCUUACAAUACACACACACAAAUUCAGACACACGCACCCUGUCCCUCCACAUCCCAUUGGCACACUCCUAAUUUUGUGAUAUGUGCGAUGUUCUUGCCAGAGCAGCAUGGUUUUAUUUUUUUAUCAGAUUCAUGCCGCAUCUGGGCGCAUAUGCAUUUAAAUUUAGUGAACGAGAUGUAAUUUAUUCGAAUUGAGAGGAUUUUAUCUGAUUUAUCUUUCCACUGCCUCGACCCAGACACUUAAACUCAGCGAUGUAUGGACUUUAAGGAACGGUUGUUAUAAAUACUAAAGGUUAUCAGCGGCGAAUGGAAGUUAAGGAACAUUUGUUGAUAUAUAAAUACUAAGUGUUAGGAAUUUUCUCCAAGCUUAGAAGACACUUUACUGUUUUAUACUGAGGGAUGUAAGAAUGAUAGUCGGGUCAAGUUAUGCUCCUGCCUUUCCGUCAUCAACUGUGUGUGAAUUGAUGGAGCAGGAAGGGCAGAAUGGAUGGCUUUCGGUGGCCGUCUCCAUGCUGGGUUGACGGAUCUUUGCUGGCCGGAGUAAUAUAUAAUAAGAGUUGUGGCGGAGAUUGUGUACAUAUUGUGCAUACUGUUGUAAAGCAGCAUUCCUUGGUGAAUGAAUUAAUGACUACU